AUGCACUUCCUCAUCAUCGGCGCAACAGGCCGCAACGGCUCGCUGGCCGUUCAAGAAGCUCUUUCUAGAGGCCACACGGUAACAGCUCUUGUUCGCAAUUCAAAAUCUACCAAGCUCCCCUCCCACUCAAACCUCACUCUGGUUCAAGGACUACCUACUUCAGAGUCCGACAUCAUCAAGGCUCUUACAACUCCUCAACCACCCCAGGUUAUCAUUUCAGCUCUGGCACAAGUGAGGCUCACGGAGUCACCUUUCGCGGCACUGCGUCCUGAUACUACACCUGAUUUUAUGGCCGUUAGCAUGACAGCCCUUAUCAGUGCAAUCAACAACGCAAAUCUGCCAAGUAAACCCAAGAUUGUUGUCAACUCGGCUCAGGGCGCUGGAUCCUCGUGGCGCUCAAUGAACCUCCCCGGCAAAGUGUUGUUUAGUCAUGGAAGUAUGGGCAUUGGUCUCAAAGAUCACAACGAAGUCGACCGAAUUGUACGCGAAAGUGGCUUGACUUUUGUUCUCGCGCGCCCGGUCAUGCUUGCGGAGGGUGAGGCGAGACUGGUAAAGGUCUGGCCUGAUGAUGGAAAGGGCUGUGCUUGGUUGCCCAAGAUUACGAGGGAGAGCGUUGGAAAAUGGCUGGUUGAUGCCGCUGAGACUGAUGAAUUUGAUGGGAAAGCGCCGGUGCUUACGAACUAG